UCGGAUACUACACCCAAAUUUCUUGGCAUCGUCAGCGCAUCUUGAGAGUUCCGUCCGGCGAGUCCACGAUAUGCAGACAUCCCAGGUGUACUGCGUGGAGCGGGUCUUUGAAGACCUAAAGAAGCCCUUCGUUGUCAAGGAUGUCGUUCGUCAACUGAUCCAUUUGGACUCGAUCGUCGCGGACGUGUUCUUGCGCAUCGGCAACAAGGUCCAAGCAGAAAAAGAGCGCGUGCAAGCCAUCGACAAGCGAAUUGUGGACUGCCAGAACAAAGUCACUGCCAUCAUUGAACGCGGCCUUUCCAACAAACCCACGACAGUGUUUUCCACGGCCAAGUACCCAGCCCCUCCAGUCCUACCGGCGACGAAAGGGCUCUACAGCGACAAACCGUUCGAAGAACAUCCUCCCCUCGCGGUAUCCGACUCGGCCGUGCACUUUCUUCCGUCCGAAGCCCCCACGCCCGGCCAACGCGCGCAACUCAUGGCCGAGGUGCUCGACUUGUUCGAGCGGGUGAACCCAGCCAUGGAGACGCGGCGCGCUGAAGUCAACAUGGCGAAAGAAGGUCUGGGGCCGUUACCCGACGAUAUUCCGUCCAUUGGUAGUGUGCUGCUCUUCAAUUCUGGCGAGAAUCCCUACCAACAAUACACGUCAUGGGACAAUUUGCUCGGGGUGGACGUGGCCGAAGAAGAAGAGAAGCAAAAGGUGCUGGCGGCCGCGCCCGAUUCCGUCAUGAACGGCGGCGACGGCUUUGACGGCACGAUCGACAAGGGCUUAUUCAAACCCAAGUAUGUCCCGUACGACAAGAGCCAGUUCCCCGACGUCCUCCCCGGUCUCAAAGGUGUCGCGGUCGAGUACAAAUAUGACAAUGCCAACCAAACGUCCAUCGCGCCAUCCAUGUUUCAAGACACGGGGCUGCCGGACCUGCCUCAGAUCGCCGAAUUCGCCGCCGGACCCACCGCGUUGCAGCCCCAUGCCGCCGAAGGGGGUGUUGUCUUGGGCCCGACGGACGUGUUACCGCCGCCACCACCACCUCCGCCGCCAUCGUCGUUUGACGGAAUCAACCCGCCAGGACCUCCCGCUCCGCCCCACGACGACGCCGCGGGAGGCCCUCCGCCACCGCCGCCGCCGAUAAUGGCGGACCCCAACCAGCAGCAACCCCCGCCGCCACCUCCCCCGGCCAACUCGUCGGUUGAUGGACCACCCCCCCCGCCCCCUGAACCAGUCAAUCCCCGCGCCAACUUGCUGGAUUCGAUUCGAAAUGCCGGUCUCAAUAAACUUCGCAAAGUAACAGACAAACCACAUACGAAAUCGACAUCCGUGCCAGAGCAAGAGAAACCGCCGUUGACCCUUGCGGACGAAAUCAAACUGCGCAUGACACGGCGGCAGAAUGCGUUGAGCGGCAAGCAGGACCGGAUGGAGCAAGAUCGAGAUCGGAAGCAGUUUGUUAAGCCUGUGACAGUGCUCAAGGCCGAGGAAGUGGCACCCCCCCAACCCACGACCUUUCAACCCCCACCUCCCCCCCUGGCAGACUACCCCGGCCACAAGAAGUUGCCCACUGUCGACAUGUCGGACGACGGCAGCAACGACGGGUCCGACGGGACCGCGUCCAACUAUGGCGACGAGAACGAUGUGCUGACUCAGAUCAAGAACCUCAAAGAUAAGCAAAAGACAACCAACCCAUCAUCGACCCAGCCGCCCCCUGUCGACUCGAAGAACCCGGUCGCCCAAGGCUUUGAACAGCGCAUGCUGGGCCUGAACGCUGCCAACAACCGCCACCGAUCCGACUCAUUGGGUAUGUCGGAGCCGUCGGAUUGGUCGGACGAAGACUAGUAAGACUUUCGAAGUUUGGCGGGCGAGGUGCCGCCGCUGCCGACUGUGGACGUGGCUCUUCGUGGGCUGUCGCUACGAGGCAAGUCGUGGCCAGGCUCGAGCUGCACGACGUACGUUUUCACGUUGGCUUUGAUAUCACAGUGGUAAUGGCAUUCAAUUCCAAGUGCUUCGAGUUCUGUCUUGAC